AUGGCUAUCUCAGACAGCAUCCAGACACUGUCUGCUGCAUUUUCAUUUGGUAUACUAUUUCAAACCGCAGUCUCUUCAUUUGUUAUUUAUCUUAGCGGUCAUGGCUCAACUAUAUUCCAAGACCGUCGGAGGCUGGUCCUCAUAACGUUCAUUCUAUCCUCUGCUCUGUGGGCGCAGAUUGGAUUUCUUAAUUUCUUGAUACCCUCCAGGAGCUCGAAUAUAUGUCAAGGGACUAUUGCAACAUCGACUUUCUUCGACCAAGCCGCACGAACGCUGAGCGGAUCCUUUCUCCUCUGGACUGUUGCGCAUGUGUCCAAGUCGUCUACCGAGAAAUAUGGCCUCGGGUCUCUAAUCGGGGCGAGGGCGGUUAGUGGUAUUGUGUUUGUUGUGUUUACAAGACCACAAUAUGCACCAUUGUGCGUGCCACGUUCUGAGGCGUUGCCAGUAUCGACUCUCGUCAUCGGUCUAGAUGCCAUCAUACUCGGCCUCGUGGCGAUACGACUCUUCACCUUGGGGUUCUGGGGCAGCAGCAACGGAAUACAGUCGACAUCGAACAAGGAACAGGGCAAAGCUCUCGCCCUCUUCACAGCUGGAUUUGCUAUUUGGACUGGAACGAGCGUGACUCUGCACCUUGGGCUUUCCUCCAUCAUACUAUUGCUACGCACUGCCAUUCCUGCCACCGGCCUUGGUAUUCUCCUGACUAUCGCAGCGAUAUGGUCCGAAGCAUUGCUAUCGCCGCGCGAAGCCGAAGUUGGGACUACAGAAUCACAGUCCCCGUUCAUCGCCCCGCCACGCCCCCGAUUCAACGAGACCAGCACUGGCGAUGGCCCCCCAAGGUCUGGUACUAGAAUGGCCACCAAUGGACGACUGUUCGUUGUGAACCCAUGGAGCACUCCCGGUGAUUCGCCACAGCUACAAAGUUAUCGGGAUGGGCCACAGUCAAAUUUCGGGAAUAUUAUGGUCAAUAAUCGAUCUGUCGAUAUUGCUACCGGAGUCUUGUCAGCAGACUCCCCCACCGAACGAGGCUCGCUUGGGACUUCCACCAGUAUUAUGGGCGGUGUGACUACUACCAUAUCAGCCCCACUUCCUCUCAUUCCGUCAAUUCAAGGAUCGAGGCCUAUUUGGGACGGCGAGGACCCGGAUGCGAAACAGAAGCGAUCUUUCUUCAGCCGCUCCAAACAGUCUGCGCAAUCUGGCCCGAGGAAACUUGCAAUCUCUCAGCCUAUAUUGAUUAACACGGAUGAACCUUCCGGCUCACCCUUAAGAAUGCAGACCGUGGAUCUUGCUACGGCAGCAGCUAACGAACGAGCUCGGCGUGAAGAAGCGGUCACUCGACGGAUGCUCGUGGCCACUCGCCCCGCCCCUGCACCACCGACUGGUGUAGAUCCUUCCGAAGCCUUGAAGAGGAGCAUCAGUACCGUCCGCAAGAAGCCCUUUGGAAACUGUCAAGACUUGAAAUACCAGACCUCUCAAAGCUCCGUGAGCUCGAAUGGAAGUUCUAGUUCUUCAAGCCUGUCUCCCGGCGUUAAAGAUGUACGGAAGAGAUCCCCACGCCAGCUGAAUGGGUUUGACAUAGACGAGAAGAGGCAAUACUACAAGCCUGCCAUUACCAACACCUUGCCAUCGAAUCCAAAGAUGAAGGACUUCCAACCCGCGCCUGAAAAGCGACAAACGAUCAUGUUCAUGAAAGACAUCGUCUACGAUGAUCCAGGACUGGUUGACUCGAUCAUCAACGAGGUGCCGAAUUUUUCAAGGAAACCUAAAGCUCCCAUGAACAGAUCGAAAUCCGUCGGGCUCGCCGCAAAACCUUCAAUCUUGCAUCGGGCAAGCCCAUACAAGAAGACAAGAGGCUCGGAGGGCGUAUUCUUUUCAAGUGAGCCUUCGUCGAACCAUAGACGCAACAGAUCUAGCUCAUCGGUCUUGCGAGCUCCCCGUAUUGGAAACCCCACUUCGCUGCCACCGCUACCAGCGCCGCCUGCAGAUCUUGCUCAGAUGCGUGGACUGUUGAAGGAUCACAUUCACAACAUGACAAAUGACGAAAAGGUUUCGAUGCUCUUUCCGAUGCCUCCAGUUGGUACUUUUAAAUCGCAACGUCGAUCAUCUGUUCCGUCGCUACCCAGCAGCGUGUCUAUGUUGUCUAUGUCUACCGCCGAUGGGCCUGAAGUAAUAAGCAAAGACGAAUUCGCCAGCCAUAGAUCGUCAAGAAGAUCAACUAUCAUUUCCAUAUUACCUGUCGAAACAAAGGGCAACCUUUCCCCGAAAAAGCAUACAUGGCAACUCAUACAACGAGAUACAUACAGGAGCACCUUCAACGCUACUGUUCCUGACGUAGGCAAUGAUGUACAAAUCAGAAAGUCUAAUAUUCCGUUUAAGAAAAUGUACUCCUCGUUUACAGAAACGACUGAUAGCUCCGACGACGGCCAUGUGGCCAGAGAUGCCGACUGGUUGCAUGAGCCAUUACUUGCUCUCCCCAAGAGAUACACCACUCAACGUGAUUCGUCCUUGAGCACCGCAGAUUCGCUCCUUCAAGACCACAAAUUCAUGUCGAUAAUGGUGGGAUAUGACCCUACCGAAGCCCCUACAACCAGGGCUCGCCCGACCUCAUUCCUCCACGACUCAUCGCAGACUUUCGGAACCGAAGGCUUCAAGACUCCCACCGUCAAAACUCCCACCACCGACACUUGGCACACACGUAUCGGCGACGAAAUCCCAGCGUUUUCGACUAGACAGAACCACUCCCGCUCUAAAUCAGUGCCACCUACCCCUCUUAUUCUACGAACAUCAAAGAAUAAGCCCUCGCUUGCCCAGAAGCCACUACGAGCUGUGGUGAUAGAUACGCCUAACCGGGCCUUGCAACAAAUCCAGGCCCAGUUGAAGGAGCUCGAGGAGCCUGAUAUGCUACCUUUUAUCCGCGAUAAGUCGUCUAUCCUUGGCGACGCUACCCAGGACCAGCGAGACGACCUUCUUGCUGAGAUGGAAAAGGAGUUUGGCGAGCAGGAGAACAGAUGGCAGCAACUUCAUGAGACCAUUGAUCGUGGCUCUAAGAGCUCCGAGGUUUUCACUCCCUGGACUACGAGGCGCAACUCCGUUGCUUCUAUAACUUCGGUCAAUACCGCUUCUAUCAAAGAAGCGAGAAAGGCUUGGGUGAGGAGUAUUGUGGAGGCCGCCCAGAAUAUUGUUACUGUCACCAGCUCGCGAAAUGGUGAGAUUGCAAAGCGAGGGUUGUGGAAAGACAAGUUGGAGGAGGCUCAGAAGGCAUAUGCUAAUAAUGCGCCGUCAUUCUCAAAUUCGCUCUCAACAGCAAAGGUUGUCACCGCUAAGCAAGCUUCCAUUAGAGCAGUAGUUGCUGGAGGCCGUGCUGUGGUUGCAAUCCCAUGCCCGAAACGCACAGGUAGACCUCAUCUCUGGAAGCCUUGCCCUCUAAAGGCCGUAGAGGUAGUUGGCCUCAUGUGGACUCUUUCUCAGCAGCCUACCCAGGUUCGCCCAUCCUCGCCCGUGCCUGCCGCCUUAUGUGUCAGACCAGCACAACGACGAACCAUCGAACCUCUCUAUCUCGAAAGCUUGUAUAUGUGGCACAUGCCAACUCCUACCCGUGUCCGUCCGACGCCUGCACUCUGGCGCUCUAAGAACACACGACCGGCAAGUAUCGUAACCCGCCCAAAGACCAAAAAGCCCAUCGGGAAGUCCAGAGCAAUGACAUUUUUACCUGAUAUUGUCGAAAGCCCUAGCCCACUACCACACAAAAGGGAUACUUUAGGAAUAUUCCAGUUCCCGUGGGGGGAAAAGAGCGGCCAGGCGGUGCACCAACCCGCCUUGCCUACUAUAUCUAACCUCCCGCGUCCUAUGAUCCCGAACACACUCGGAUCCAACGACUUUAAUGAGGAGUACUCUUCGUCGUUCUUCGAUGACUACGACGACCAAGAUUACCACUCUGACUCUACCUCGCUCGAUGCCGACACUCUCAGCGAUGAGGCCAGCGACGAUGGAUUCAAUGACUCUACCCUCUGGGAAAUCGCCAAUCUUCUAGAUUCGUCCGAGGUCCCCAGCAGACAUUGCCUGCAGAUUAGAAUUAUUGAAGACUACGACGACUCUGACGGGUAA